AUGAUAAUCGCAGAUACACAAUUCUCUGUGAAAAGAGUACCUGAGCUCGAGCUUACUGCGAUCACUUUGGAGCAUGAGAAAACCGGUGCACGUCAUUUACACAUUAAUCGGGAAGAUUCCAAUAAUGUAUUUGCCGUUGGAUUCCAUACCCCUGUCAGUGACAGUACAGGUGUUCCACAUAUUUUGGAACAUACUACAUUAUGUGGAAGUGAUCAUUACCCUGUACGCGAUCCAUUUUUCAAGAUGUUAAAUCGCAGCUUAGCAACAUUUAUGAACGCUUUCACAGCGAGCGAUUAUACAAUCUAUCCAUUUGCAACUACAAACCCCGUGGAUUAUGCCAAUCUACGAAAUGUUUAUAUGGAUGCCGUAUUUCAUCCACGUCUCACAAAACUUGACUUUAAACAAGAAGGAUGGCGUUUAGAGCACGAAGUUCCUACGGAUACAACAACUCCUAUUCAAUUCAAGGGUGUUGUUUACAAUGAAAUGAAGGGACAAUAUUCGGACUCGAACUAUCUGUACUAUUCACGCAUGCAACAAGCCAUGUUCCCUGGUACAACGUAUGAAUUCUCCAGUGGUGGUGACCCCUCCGACAUUACAAAUCUUUCCCAUGAAGAGCUACUUAAUUUCCAUAACCAGCAUUAUCACCCCAGCAAUGCUCGCUUUUAUACUUAUGGUAAUUUCCCUCUGGAGGAUCAUUUGGCAGCAGUAGGAGAACAAUUGAAGAAUUUUGAGAGAAUUACCCCACCCACUGUCAACAAAGUCGCUGUUCCAUGGACUGCACCAAAGAAGGCGACAAGCACAUGUGCACCAGACCCACUGAGCCCUCCUGAUAAGCAAAACAAGAUUUCACUCUCUUUCCUAGCAAAUGACUCCAGUGACACUUUUGAAACCUUUUCUAUGAGACUACUUGGAUACCUCCUUUUGGAUGGACAUGCAUCUCCGAUGUACAAGGCUCUUAUAGAUACUAACUUGGGAACAGAGUUCUCUGUUAACACUGGCUAUGACAGCUCCACAAGAUCCACCUGUCUUUCGAUUGGCUUACAGGGUGUAAAAGAUUCUGAUGUUGAGCUGGUUCAAGGGCGCAUUAAAGAAGUAUUGGAACAAGUUAAAACCGAAGGCUUUGACCCUAUACGUAUUGAAGCUGCCAUUCACCAGCUCGAGCUCGGCCAGAAGCAUAAAACUGCCGACUUUGGCUUAACUAUCAUGCAUGGUAUUACUUCUGGCUGGUUUAAUGGUGUUGAUCCUGUUGAUCUUCUGCAGCUUAACAAAAAUCUCGAUGCUCUCAAACAAGGGCUCGACAAAGGAAACUUCUUUGAAUCUCGUAUCGAAAAAUACUUACUUAAUAACCCCCACACGCUUGUCUUCACCAUGAAACCUGAUGCAUCAUAUGCCACCGACCUUGUUGCAGAAGAAAAAGAACGCCUAGCCGUCAAAGUCAAUUCUUUGACUGAAUCAGAUAAGACUGAGAUUCUUGAGCAAGGGAAAGCAUUGGAAUCUGCUCAAGACAAGACCGAGAAUCUGUCAUGCCUACCCACCCUUACACUCAAGGACAUUUCACCAAAGGCUAAGCGCACUGUACUAGACCACAGUGGCAUUUGCAAUACUCCUGUUCAAUGGAGAACCACCGCCACAAAUGGCAUUACUUACUUUAGAGCUAUUAGCACACUACCAGUUUUGUCAGAUGAGUUGAAGAUGUACCUCCCACUUUUCUGCGAUUCUCUUUUAUCACUCGGCACUCGAGAACAAACCAUGGCCUCCAUUGACGAUGAAAUCCGUCUUUUUACGGGUGGCUUGAGAGCCUCUACUACAACCUCAACAAGCCAUUCGGAUAUUGAUCUUAUGGAAGAGGGUCUCGUGUUGUCUGGCAACUGCUUGGAUCGUAAUAUUGACAAGAUGUAUACAAUUCUGACUAAGCUUGUGCGUGAAACUAACUUUGAUAAUACUGAUAAAUUGAAAACCUUGAUCAUGGGCAAUGCAAGCGGACUUGUCAACUCUAUUGCUGACUCAGGCCAUGUAUUUGCACGUGCUUAUGCUGGUUCUACACUUACUCCUACAAUGCGCAACUCUGAGCUUCUAGGCGGAAUGAGCCAGAUGAACUUUAUGAGCCAGAUGGCUGCUAAAGAAGAUCUGUCUGAUGUGGUGAACAAGCUAAAGACAAUUGCUGAUGCUGUCUUGAAGCAGUCUUCCCUUCGUGUGGCCAUUACCUGUGGUGAAGAUGCUGUGUCUAGUAAUGAAAAGGCUCUUUCUGGAUUUAUCUCUAGUCUUCCUAUUCAAGGCAAGCCAUUGGUCUGUGAUCCAAACACUUUUACCCCAGAGUACAAGAAGACUUUUUUCCCCCUUCCAUUUGCUGUCAAUUUCUCAGCCAAGGUGAUUCGAGGUGUACCUUACACUCAUCCAGAUGGUGCUAAGCUUCAAGUCUUGUCAUCAUUGAUGACCAACCAUUAUUUGCACCGUGAGAUCCGAGAGAAGAAUGGAGCUUAUGGUGGAGGCGCGCGUUAUGCGGGACUGAACGGUCUGUUCUCCUUUUAUUCUUAUCGAGAUCCCCGCACUUUAGCUACCCUGGAUAGCUACCAUAACGCGAUAGACUGGGUUACCAAGCGCGUCUUUAGUGACCAGGAGAUCACAGAGGCGAAAUUGUCAAUUUUCCAGGGUAUUGAUUCACCUCAAAGUGUUUCCGAGGAGGGCAUGCUUCAGUUUGUGAACGGAAUAUCGGAUGAAAUGCGACAAUGGCGACGCGAAGAAUUCCUUAAGGUGACUCAGGAUGAUAUUAAGGCAGCUGCUGAGACGUACUUGUUGGGAUCAGAAAAAGAUGGACAUUAUUCUGUAGCUGUUUUAGGAGAGGCAACAGAUAAAAUAGCAGAGGAUAAUGGCUGGUCUAUCAACCAGUGGGGAGAAGCGGUUAAACAAUAGAAGUUCAUCUUUCAUACAGCGGACAAAUAAGAAAUGUGUGGAGAGGUGCGGAGAGGUCGGGUUCGAGGGCAUAAUCGGACGAAUAGCUAAGAAGGGGUCGCCUGGAUUCACGUGGAGAAAAGAUGGCUCUGUGGCGGUAAUUUAAUAAAGAUCACAUGCAUUUGUUUCUUG